UUGGAAUCUCCUUCUUGUCACCUGAUCCAGUUAUUCUCUGUGAUCUUUUUCUUUUUUAAGUAUUUAGUCAUCACCCUCUAUAAGGUACUUUCUUUUCUUGAUCUUUUUGCAUUUCCUAGCCACUAUUUUUCUUUCAGAUUAUGAAUAUAUUUCAACAUUCAAUGACCCUAUUUGUUAUCGUCUUCUUAACAUGAUCAAUUUUGUAUGUUUCCUCUAGAACAUCUAUCCUUUUGCAUUGUUAAAGGUUGUUUCUUUUAGAGGUGUGUUGAAUUUAGGUAAAAUUCAGGAUCUUGGACAGACCCUCUUGAUUUGUUUGUUAGGUUUGAUCAGUUUGCAUGUUAAUGUUCACCAAAGAAUAAGAAUAGUUGCAAUUCUGGUAGUGCAUACUAAUGGACAAUUAUAACAAUUCUUCAUAUCCAUAUCCAUAUAACACUGGUUAUGGUUACCCUCCACCACCUAAUUCAAAUCAACCAUACCCCCCUCCACCAGGUUCUGGUGCAUAUCCUCCACCAGGUUCUGGUGGUGCAUACCCUCAAUAUCCUCCUCAUCAAUCCCCUCAAUAUCCUCCACCUUACAACACUCAACAUUCUGGUCAUUAUAACUAUCAACCCUAUCCACCAGUUCCAUCAGCUCCAUCGGCACCACCAGCACCGACUCUUCACCAUUCCAGCUCUUUAGACUAUGGGUACCCUCCACCAUCACACGGUCCCUGUCCACCCCAUGCAUAUCCGCCUCCCCCGACAUCUUCUAGUACUGUCCCUACUCCUGAACAUCAAGGCAGUUUUGGAUAUGCUGCUGCACCUCCUCAGCAUUAUCAACAUUCCUGGCCAGAAAGGCCUUUGGAGAGCCAAUCAUCCAACUCUCUCCAUCACCAAGAUAGUGCUUCGUCGUUUAGUAGUGACUCUUCCACUCGCCCUUCAGCUUAUCCACCAAUCCAUGAUCUGGUAGCGAACAUGAAUUUGUCUGAUAAUAACCCUUCUGCACCGGCUUCUCCUCCUGCCCCUGCAACUUAUCACCCAGGGCCAAAUCCUGUUCCCUAUGGGCACCCUAAUUCCUUUUCAAGGUGGGAAUCGGAGUCUCCAAAACCAACCUAUCCAACUCCUUGUGCUGAACCACAGAGUAAUAAUCAGGCUAUGCAGGUUGUGCCAUUCUCGCCUUCUAAAAGCUCCUUAAAGGUUUUGCUCUUACACGGAAAUCUGGAUAUUUGGGUAUACGAAGCGAAAGAUCUGCCAAACAUGGACAUGUUCCACAAGACCAUUGGGGAUAUGUUUGGGCAAAUGAGUAAUAAGAUCACAAGUGAUCCUUACGUCUCAAUUACUGUAGCUGAUGCAGUGAUUGGCCGGACUUAUGUCAUAGGAAAUAAUGAAAAUCCCGUGUGGAUGCAACAUUUUAAUGUACCCGUAGCACACUAUGCUGCGGAAGUACAGUUUCUUGUCAAGGACGAUGAUAUAGUAGGUUCUCAGCUUAUGGGGACAGUGGCUGUCCCGCUAGAACAGAUAUAUGGAGGGGGUAAAGUAGAGGGGUUCUUUCCGAUCUUGAACAGUAGUGGAAGACCUUGCAAGGCUGGAGCAGUUUUGAGGAUAUCAGUCCAAUAUUAUCCAAUGGAUAAAUUAAGUAUUUACCAUCAUGGAGUUGGUGCUGGUCCUGAGUAUUAUGGGGUUCCUGGAACUUAUUUUCCACUGAGGAUGGGUGGAACAGUUACUCUGUAUCAAGAUGCUCAUGUGCCUGAUGGAUGCCUUCCAAAUUUGAUGCUUGACUCCGGAAUGCCAUAUGUACAUGGAAAGUGCUGGCGUGACAUCUUUGAUGCCAUACGCCAAGCCCGACGCUUGAUCUACAUUACAGGUUGGUCAGUGUGGCACAAAGUCAAACUUGUUCGAGAUGAUGCUUCUGUUGAUGGUUACACUCUAGGGGAUCUUUUAAAGUCAAAGUCACAAGAAGGUGUUAGAGUGCUGCUUCUAAUAUGGGAUGACCCUACAUCAAGAAGCAUCCUUGGCUAUAAAACGGAUGGUGUUAUGGCAACCCAUGAUGAAGAGACUCGUAGGUUUUUCAAACAUUCUUCCGUGAAAGUGCUGCUUUGUCCUCGAGUGGCAGGGAAACGUCUCAGUUGGGUCAAGCAGAGGGAAGUUGGAGUAAUUUAUACACAUCAUCAGAAAACUGUGAUAGUGGAUGCUGAUGCUGGCAACAAUCGAAGAAAAAUCAUGGCAUUUGUUGGAGGACUUGACUUGUGUGACGGGCGAUAUGAUACUCCGGAGCAUCCUCUAUUUCGAUCACUGAAGACAGUGCACUCUGAGGACUAUCAUAACCCUACUUAUGCUGGGAGUACAGCUGGUUGUCCAAGAGAGCCGUGGCAUGACUUGCACUCUAAAAUUGAUGGUCCAGCAGCAUAUGAUGUUCUCACAAACUUUGAGGAGCGCUGGUUGAAGGCUUCAAAGCCUCAUGGCAUUAAGAAGUUGAAGACGUCAUAUGAUGAUGAUUUGCUCCGAAUUGAAAGAAUGCCUGAAAUUCUUGGUAUUUCUGAGGCUCCAUCUGUGAGCGGUGAUGACCCUAACGGUUGGCAUGUACAGAUAUUUCGUUCGAUCGACUCAAACUCGGUCAAAGGCUUUCCAAAGGAUCCUAAAGAAGCUACAAUGAAGAACCUAGUGUGUGGGAAAAAUGUACUUAUUGAUAUGAGCAUACACACAGCAUAUGUGAAGGCGAUUCGUGCUGCACAACACUUCAUUUACAUUGAAAAUCAAUAUUUCAUUGGCUCCUCGUACAAUUGGAGUCAACAUAAAGAUGUUGGUGCAAAUAAUCUAAUUCCCAUGGAAAUUGCACUUAAAAUAGCUGAAAAGAUAAGAGCGCAUGAGAGAUUUGCAGCAUACAUUGUCGUCCCUAUGUGGCCAGAGGGUAAUCCAACUGGGGCUGCUACACAGAGAAUUCUUUAUUGGCAGAACAAGACAAUGCAAAUGAUGUAUGAAACUAUUUACAAGGCUUUAGAGGAGGUUGGGCUUGAGAAUUCAUACUCUCCAGAAGAUUAUUUAAACUUCUUCUGUCUUGGUAACCGUGAGGCUGGUAAGGUUGAAAAUGAGAGUCCAGGCACUGCAAACACUCCUCAGGCGUUCAGUCGAAAACACCGUAGAUUCAUGAUUUAUGUUCAUUCUAAAGGCAUGAUUGUGGAUGAUGAGUAUGUGAUAUUGGGAUCUGCAAACAUCAACCAGCGCUCUCUGGAGGGUACUAGGGACACUGAGAUCGCAAUGGGAGCAUAUCAACCUCAUCAUACAUGUGCAAGAAAACAGUCAAGCCCAUAUGGACAGAUUCAUGGAUAUAGAAUGUCUCUGUGGGCUGAGCAUCUUGGAGUUGUUGAGGAUUGCUUCAGACAGCCGGAGUCGUUAGAAUGUGUAAGACGAGUUAGGUCCAUGGGUGAAUAUAACUGGAAGCAAUUCGCAGCUGAUGAAGUAACAGAAAUGAGAGGGCACCUCUUAAAAUACCCAGUUAAAGUCGAUUGCAAAGGCAAGGUGAAGAAUCUUCCGGGAUGUACAAAUUUCCCAGAUGUUGGUGGAAACAUAAUAGGAUCAUUCUUAGCAAUUCAAGAAAAUCUUACCAUUUGAUUUCCCAUUUUUUUUCUUUAUAUCAUCCGUACGUAGAGAUUAUUUGAACCCUGAGGAAAUUAUACAUCCUUGAUUGGUAUCUUAAGCAGUUUUCGAUCCAUUCAUACAGUUAACAGUUAGGCAGAGGAAGACGGUUACAACAUUGAGUAUAGUAGAAAUUUGUACAGUUGCUACUUCUUUUUGAUGAUUUUGAGUCUGUAUAAGCUCACAACAGUUUGUGUAUUUUGGCCAUAGAUUGGACUAUUCAAUAUGAGGAAAUAAGUGCAUCUUUCAUGAAAAA